UUUACAUUCACCCUUUUGUUGAUUUGAUUCCAAGAAAUGAAGGCAGUUGUGCUUGGCGGAACGGGCGCGUGCGGAAAAGCCAUUCUCGCGUCGCUUCUCUCGAGCAGCGCAGUCGAGCGCGUCGUCACCAUCGGCCGACGCCCUGUCACGGUGCCCGACCAGGCGCAGCUCGAGCAAUCGGGCAAGCUCGUUCAAGUCACCACGGAGAUGGCUGCGAUUGCGCAGGCCGAGGACGCGUUCAAGGGCGCCGAUGUCGUCAUGUGUGCAUUUGGCACCACCCGCAAGCAAGCAGGCUCGGCCGAGGCCUUCAAGAAGAUUGAUCAGGAAUACGUUGUUGCCGCCGCUGCGACUGCCAAGCGCGCCGGCGUGCCGCACUUUAUGUACAUUUCGUCGCACGGCGCGAGUGCGUCGUCCUGGUUCUUGUACCUGCAGUCGAAAGGCCAGACCGAGAACGGCAUCAUUGCGCAAAAGUUUGACAAGGUCUCCAUUCUGCGUCCUGGCCUGCUCGACCGCGGCGACGAGAGUCGCUUUGUCGAAAAGUUUGCCAUGGUGUUUACAUCUGGCUGCAAGACGACCACCAUCGGCGAAGCCAUGCGUGAGCUCGCGGCAGCGUAUCUGACCGACAAGGCCUCGAGCGGCGACGCUGUGCAGUAUGUGGACGACGCGACCAUCCGUCGUCUUGGCAAGCAGUAGGGUCGGAACUUGUCUGUGUUGGUGGAUUUGUCUCCUUUGUUCGAGUGCGCGCGCUCUACUGUAUUUACCGCAAGACGCGACCUCCCGUUGCAGCAUUGCUCAAGUGCUCGUCGUCUCUUUGAUUGAACGGCGUGCUUUGUUACUUGUUCAAAACGUCGGCUUGUUCAAAGAUCAAACUCCUUUGUUUUUUGUUGCUUCAACUCACUGCUCUCAAUGUUAAAUCGGUAAGAAUGCGACAAACAUUUCGUUUUCUACCAAUUGCUUCUAAUUCAAUCUCAGAACAGAA